AUGUCUUCCUCGACUGUUCAGUCAUCGUCAGCAUUAUCUGAGAAGCUUAUCGAGCUGUUUCGGAACUUCAGAACGCCAGGCAUUCUGAAGUUAGUCUUCCGGCGUGGUUGGCCGAGAUUCGUUCUAGCCUUGCUGUUUGGAUUAGCAGCCCUUCGAAAGACCAACAGUCUCCUGAGUGAAGCGACUCUGAACAACUUCACCCAAGAUAAGUAUGACUGGAGAAGGGAGCUGGUCGUAGUUACCGGUGGAUCCGGAGGUCUUGGGGACAAAUUAGUACGCAAGCUGGCCAAAAAUUGCAUCAAAGUCAUAAGUCUCGAUGUUGUUCCGCCGAGAACUCCUCUGCCGUCGAACGCGUACUUCUACGAAGUGGACAUCACAUCAAGCAAGUCUAUCAAAGAGAUCGCAGGCCAAAUCCGUCAAGAUCACGGCGAUCCCACGGUCUUGGUCAACAAUGCAGGCGUCAUGAAGAUAGCCUCAAUUCUAGACGAAACCGAAGAACAGAUUCGUCAUGUUUUUGACGUCAACAUCAUUGCCAGCUUCCUCCUGAUCAAGGAGUUUUUACCCUCGAUGAUCCACAACAACCAUGGCCAUGUCGUCACAGUCGCAAGUAUGGCGAGCUUUGUGACUGGCGUGCACAACGUGGACUACUCAUGUUCCAAGAUGGGCGCCCUGGGACUUCAUGAAGGAUUGGCCCAGGAAAUCAGACAUCGGUAUAAGGCACCAAGAGUGCGCACAAGCUCGGGCCCCUUCAAAUCAAAGAUACUUGAGCCCGAGCCUGUUGUGGAUGCCAUCUUUAAGCAGAUUGUCUCUGGCCGUAGUGGCCAUAAGUAG